AUGCCCCGCUCAUCACUCCACGCCAACGGCGCCCUCGGCUACAUCUUCCUCGCCAGCCGCUGCCUGCAACUCGCCUGCCUCAUCACCACCCUCGGCCUGAGCGCCCACCUCAUCGGCGCCAUGGCCGACGCAAUGCAGCAGCCCUCCUCCGCGCUCAUCGGCACCCUCUGCAUCUCCAUCUUCACCCUCCUCUACGCCAUCAUCACCCUCGCCCUCUACUACGACGCCCAGCUGCCCGCGCACUACGCCGCCGCCACAGACGCAGUCUUCCUCCUCGCCCUCCUCGUCACAACCAUCGUUGUCGGAAAGCCGCUCGCAUUCCUGUCGUGCCGCGCUGUCGGCAUCUUCGCCGAGAAUAGCGCCGGCGCGUAUGUCAGCGUGAGCAAUAAUGUCGGCUUCCAUGCGAAGAGGGGCGAUCUGUAUUUGGUGCCGCUGGAGUAUGCGCAGUGGGUCGUGAGCAGUGUGGGCGUGUGUGAGAUGAUGAAGGGGGUGUGGGCUGUCGGUAUUGUGGUGACGGUGCUGUUUGCGGCGUCGGCGGUGUGUUUGGUCUGUUUGUGGAGGAAGGGCGGCGCGAGGAGGGGGGGCAAGUGGGCCGGUGUGGUGUAG